GCAUGUUUUACGCGUGAGCUGCCUGGAUUUGGCGCAGAUGAAGAUCACGAUCAUGGACUUAAAUGUACCAUCAUUAGGGAAUAGUUAUUAGUAAACUUGUAUCAAAUAAGUUAAGUAUUAUCUUUAAAUAUUAUAACUGAACCACAAGAUGGUGAACUUUUCCCUCUCCAAACCUCGUCAGCGGUGAUUUGAGUCUUCCUUGCGCGCAACAAAUAACAGCUGGAGUGAUGUGAUGGAUAUAGGUUUUAUGGCUGGCUGUUUGGGCAGUUGUCCGAGGUUUUCCAGUGAAACGUCAGAUGCACCUCAGUGUUUGGUCACAGGUUAUUUCAGAGCCUGUGAUCCUCCCGGCGUCCUGACGUCAAUUUAUAAGGACCCAGCAGUGCCGGGGCGGCAGGCAGAUAACAAGGGGGCUGGAGCCGGACCAUGUUGAUGUGAUAUUCCUCCUAUAUUGCUGAGCAUUCUGUGACUGACCACGGCCAGAGCUUAAAGAGGGGGGUUCCCAAUCCCAGAGAGUGUAUGCGUGUGUGCAGCUAUGGGGAAGGACUACUACAAGACCCUGGGUAUCCCCAAGGGCUCCAACGAGGAGGAGAUCAAGAAGGCCUACCGGCGCAUGGCGCUGCGCUUCCACCCUGACAAGAACAAGGAUGCCAACGCUGAGGAGAAGUUCAAGGAGAUUGCAGAGGCCUACGAGGUACUCAGCGACCCCAAGAAGAGGGUCGUCUAUGAUCAACUAGGAGAGGAAGGUUUAAAAACAGGAGGCAGUAGCUCUUCAGGUGCUCCUGGCAGCUCAACGUACCACUACACCUUCCAUGGAGACCCCCACGCCACCUUUGCCUCCUUCUUUGGUGGCUCCAACCCCUUCGACAUGUUCUUUGGCUCCAACCGCAGUCACAGCCGCUCCAAUGGUUUUUCUUUCCACAAUGACCACGACACGGAGCAGGACAUGGACGUGGAUGAGGAUGACCCUUUUGCUCAUUUUGGGAGGCAGUUUGGUUUUCCAGGUGGGAUGAACAACGGCUUCCCAGGGGAGGGCCGCAGGAGGAGGGGGGUGCCGUCGGAGCGCCUGGGGACUGGGCGAAAGCAGCAGGACCCCCCGGUGGUCCACGAGCUGAAGGUCUCGCUUGAGGAGAUCUUCCACGGCUGCACCAAGCGCAUGAAGAUCACCCGCCGCAGGCUGAAUCCAGAUGGACGGAGCAUGAGGACAGAGGACAAGAUCCUUAACAUAAUCAUCAAGAAAGGCUGGAAGGAGGGAACCAAGAUCACCUUCCCAAAGGAGGGGGACGAGACGCCUGAGAACAUUCCUGCCGACAUAGCCUUUGUGCUUAAAGACAAAGGACACGCCCACUUCAAGAGAGACGGUUCCAAUGUAAUUUAUAACUGCAAGAUCAGUCUAAAAGAGGCAUUGUGUGGCUGCACAGUUAGCAUUCCCACACUGGAAAACCGCAUCAUCUCGCUCCCCUGUCAUGAUAUCAUCAAGCCAGGGACGGUGAAGCGACUCAGAGGGGAGGGCCUGCCUUUCCCAAAGAACCCAUCACAGCGCGGUGACCUCAUCGUAGAGUUUUCUGUCCGUUUUCCCGACAGGAUCCCCCCUCAGUCCAGAGAGAUAAUCAGACAACACCUCCCACAGUCCUAGGAAGACUCACGAUUAACCCCACCGCCACCACCACAACACACUCCAGACUAAAUGACCCAAACCCAAGAAAACAACCUGUAAUACUCCUUUAUCUCUCAUAUUUUGACCCUCAUUGUAGUUUCCCUUCUCACUUCCAGUCCUCGUGUCUUUAAGCAUUAAACGGACACCGUUGUCUGUAGGGACUUUGCAGUGGGAGGGUGAGAAGAAUUCCAAGAUGAAUGGCAGUAUCAGGAUGUAAUUAUUUGUGUUUGUUUUGUCUUCUGGCCCGAGCACGCACACAAGCAUCCAAGCAGUGAAGCGGUGCGCUGAAGAUGGGCUCAGCACAAUCGUGGCUUUUACCAGAUCGUCUUUUCUUAACUCUGUUUUUUACGGAUUUAUCAGUGGUUUUAUAUGCUGUCCAACUCUCUGAUCCUCGUCUUUUUGUGAUAGGAUGAAGUGUGAGCUAUUCUAUUUUUUAAAAGAAACAUUUUUUCCAGGAUUUUCUUUU